AUGAACCUCUCCGGCAACCAGGACUGGGACACUGUGGUGCUGAGCAAGAAGCGACCCAACGCCGCUGCCGCACAGAAGCCCUCGAACGUCAAUGCGGCAAUCAGGGCGGGUGCACAGGUGGACACAGUGAAAAAGCAGACUGGCGGCAAUGCCAGCGCUGCACGCGGCCCCAUCAAGAGCGCAGCCAAGCUGGAGAACGACACAGAGACGUUUGAGCACGACCGCGUGAGCAGCGAGCUGAAGAAGCAGAUCCAGCAGGCGCGGCUCGCCAAGAAGCUGACGCAGGCACAGGCACGCGGGGGGGGAGGCCUGGCCCAGAUGAUCAACGAGAAGCCGCAGCUGAUCAACGAAUACGAGAGCGGCAAGGCGAUACCCAACCCACAGAUUCUGUCCAAGAUGUCGCGUGUGCUGGGCGUCACGCUAAAGAAGAACCCCGGCAAGAAGUGA